AAACGAACGACCCAACAGUAAUAAAUCAACUCUCAUCUGGACUUCGGAAACCAGAGUAUCAUUGUGAAGAUGAUGAAGAUUGUGAUCCUGUUCGUUCUUGUGGCUACCGCUGCUGCGGCCCCCAGUUCCCUCCUGAAUAAGCUUAGCCUCGCCAGCCGUAUCGUAGGAGGUGAAAAUGCCACCAUCGAGCAAGUACCCUACCAGGUAUCUAUCGAGGUGAACGGCACCAGCAUAUGCGGUGGUUCCAUCAUCGCUGAGAACUGGAUCUUGACCGCUGCUCACUGCAUGGUCUACGAUAUCGCCUGGUAUAUAAUUCGCGCUGGAUCAUCUCUCGCUUCCAGCGGCGGUAGCGUGAGCACCUUUGACUCUUACAUCACCCAUGAGAACUUCUCAGUAAACAGUGAUUAUGGAUAUACCGUCAACGACAUUGCUCUGAUCCAUCUGAACGACAAUCUCACCCUGGACUCCACCCGCGCCAUCAUUCCUCUGUACGAACAAGGCGAGGAAGCUGUUGAGGGUGCUAAGGCCAUCAUCAGUGGAUGGGGUUCCCUCAAUGAAUCAGGCUACUGGCAAUCCGUGCUCCAGGUUGUGACCCUCCCAAUCAUCUCCAAGUCUGACUGCAACACCUCCUACAUAGCUUGGGGAGGACUUCCUUACGGCGAAAUAUGCGCCGGGUAUUCUGAUGGAGGCCACGACGCUUGCACAGGUGAUUCUGGCGGUCCUCUCGCUAUCGAUGGUGUUUUGGCGGGUAUCGUUACCUGGGGUAAGGGAUGCGCCCGAUCUGGAUGGCCCGGUGUUUACACCGAGGUUGCUUACUACCGCGACUGGAUCAGUGAGAACUCUGGAGUCUCAUCUUCAAGUGAAAGUAAUCAUCAGCCGACGAGCGCUAUAACGACAUCUGGAGAUGCCGAUGUCCAACCGCCGACACCAGGAUCAUUAAUAAGCGAUACUUUCACCUACAUAAGUAAAAGAAGAGGAUUGAAGUUGGAGGAUGAUUCAAACUCGUGGGGAAUCAUAAUCAGAGACGAUAAUCAGAGAACGAGAGCCGUUAGCGAUUAUCAGGCCAGUUUCAAGCUUCUAAUUUACACAAACAGUAAACUCGACUCGAAAAUGAUCAAAUUUACUGUUUUAUUCGCCUUGGCAGCUGCCACAGUCGGUGCAGUUCCUCUGCUCCGUACACGCGAGGUGAACCCGACCCAUCGCAUAGUCGGUGGAGCGGCGACGACCAUCGAAGAGACGCCUUACCAGGUUUCGGUUCGCGCUUUGGGGACCCACUGGUGCGGUGGUAGCAUAAUCUCUGAGACCUGGAUCCUUACCGCCGCCGAAUGCAUGCCCUUCCCGUGGACCUGGUACACGGUCCGCUCCGGAUCCCAGCUUUCCAACAGUGGUGGCACCAUCCACCAGGCUGCAGCAACCAUUCUGCACCCGAGCUUUGGCUCGAACGCCUACUGGCACCCCGUGAACGACAUCGCCCUCAUCCAGCUGAGCACCAGCAUCGUCUUCGAUUCCACUCAGGCCGCCAUCUCGCUGUACGACCUGAGCGAACAAACAGUCAUUGGUGCCCCCGCCAUAGUCACUGGAUGGGGAGCGACCUCCAAUCACGGCGCCUACUCUGCCACCCUCCAGGCUAUCGCCGUGCCCAUCAUCUCGCAGGAUGAUUGCAACGAAGCGUACGCCAGUAUCGGAGGGAUUGAGGAAAACCACAUAUGUGCCGCUUGGGACGAGGGUGGUCUGGGAGCUUGUCAAGGCGACACCGGUAGCCCCGUCGCCGUUCAUGGACGCCAAGCAGGUAUCGUUUCCUGGACAUUCCAAUGCGGAGCUGUCGGAUUCCCGGGCGUCUAUACCGAGGUCGCUACCUACCGAACCUGGAUCACCGAGACCUCUGGAGUCUAAAAAUCGACGUUGGAGCUUCGUGAUCGAAAACUGAAUUGUUUGUGAACACGUUAGUUUUAGGCAUGACCUUGUAAUGUUGAAUAAAUACACAGCGAUUGGAACGUAAA